CAGUCGGACGAAUUGCUCUUCACGAGCACAUGUACGGCGACAAAUAUGCCUCGAGUCACGUGCAUAGACCCGCACAGAAGCGAAUGAUAGAGAUGCGAGGCGGCAUGAAAGCAUUGGAAUUUCCACAUCUGGUCAAGCGACUCAUGAGAUGGUCCGAUAGAAUCAUGGCUGUAGGAAGCGGUACACCACGCAUGCUGGAAGACGACGAAACCAAUCCAAACUUCACGCUCAAGGAGAGUGUCGGUGCAAUAGAACGCUGGGCACCCCACGAAAUGCCAGGAGUAAGAAGCAAAAUCAGGAUCUCGGACCUGGUGAACGACGACGGGGAUGAGGAAUGACUCUCUAUGGCUGAUCACGAAGGUCGUAUGCGAAUUGCGCGCCCCACACCUCAUCUCAUGGACAAAGUCUUUGCAGUCACUCAAUCAAGAAGCUGCACUUUCACUGCACUCGCCGAAGGAGUUGAAGCCGUUGUGAAAGCCUCCUGUGCUUGCUCCAAAGUAUAGCGGUGGGUGACCAGCGGCUUGAGAUUGAUCAGGCCUUCUGAGACAAGCAUGAUCGCUUUGGGGUACGUCUCGCGAUAACUGCGCACAUCCUUGUGUCAGCUACACCUUGUUUCCAAGAGGAUGCAUUCAAGCUGUGACGCACUCACCGGAAUUGAAAUCUGAUGUCGAUCUCUCGG